AUGAAGUUUUAUCACUGCUUAUUGUUGUAUGCUAUUGCGCUUACUGAUGCUCUAGUGAUUGACACUAGAGACGUUGGGGCUGCCGCCGCAGUGGCUGCGGCUCGGAGCGGCGCCGUUUCCCAAUUGGGCGGCGCGGAUUUGAGUCGUGUCCACUCCAAUAUUGGAGGCGCAAAUGUUCAUGGAGCGCAUGUUCACUUAGCGGCUGCCAAUUCUGACGCCAGGGAGAAGAAAGUGUUGCCAAAAGAAGGUCAGGUUCACCAUGGCAAGGACAAGGAUAGAGGUGAUGGAGACGGGCCGCACGGGGGCCAUUCCCGUCACUAUCACCAUGAUGUAGCUCAUCAUAAGGCUGCUGAUGUAGCGGAUGCCAAGGAGCCUACGUUUAAGACUGAGGUUAAGAUUGGUUCCUUUGGCGAGAUGUUUUGGAAGUUGUUGAGUAUUGGCAAGGAGAUUACGAUGGAGAAGUUGGCUAUUUUGAAGGAUAUUUUGAUUUUGCUUGAUAAGAUUAAGACUCUACGUGAACAAGCCGGCGACGGCGGCCGCGGGGGCGGCGGUGAGUCUUCAGGUGGCGGGUCGUCAAAGUUGGUUGAGUUGCUUGUGGCUAGAGACGCUGAGGCUUGGGAAGAGAAGCUUGGUAGGGAGGAUAUUGACGCGAUGGUUUUCCAGGCUCAGGCUAUUGAUCUUGGUGAAGUUGUGAGGAGGGCUGACGAGGAAGAGGAGGUUUUGUUUGAGAAUGAAGCGCCUAUGUUUGACGCUAUGCUUUCGGUUGAUAAGAGGGAUGAAGAGAGUGAUAUGGCUGAACAGGCUGCUGCUGAGCAGGCACAAGCUCAAGCUGAGCAAGCUGCUGCUGAACAAGCUCAAGCUGAACAGGCGCAAGCGGAACAAGCUGCUGCUGAACAGGCACCAGUUGAACAGGCACCAGUUGAACAGGCACAAGCAGAACAAGCACCAGCAGAACAGGCACCAAUUGAAGAAGCACCAGCAGAACAGGCACCAAUUGAACAAGCUGCUGCAGAGCAAGCUGCGCCUGAACAAGCUCAAGACGAUGGUGGCGACAAUGAAUGGGAACGUGAAUUUAAAGCCGAGUGGGCUAGAAAGGAUGACGAUGGACAAAAGUCUAGAGUUGAAUAUGAGUAUGAGCGUCGUAAAUCUGGCAAGAGAUGGAAGGAGAAGUGGUCGAAGGAUCAUCUUGAUCAUGACCGUCAUCAUCACCAUGAUCACGACGAUCAUCACCACGAUCAUAAAGGACACCAUGAUCAUCACGAUCACAAGGGACAUGACCAUCACUUUGGCAAAGGACACCAUGAUCAUCACUUUGGCAAAGGACACGAUGAUCAUCAUCAUGAUGGUAAAGGAUUGGAUCACCACUUUGGUAAAGGACACCAUGAUCAUCACUUUGGUAAAGGACACCAUGAUCAUCAUCAUGAUGGUAAAGGAUUGGAUCACCACUUUGGUAAAGGACACCAUGAUCAUCACUUUGGUAAAGGACACCAUGAUCAUCACUUUGGUAAAGGACACCAUGAUCAUCACUUUGGUAAAGGACACCAUGAUCAUCACGAUCAUAAAGGACACCAUGAUCAUCACGAUCAUAAAGGACACGAUCACCAUGAUCAUAAAGGACACGAUCACCAUGAUCACCAUGAUCACCACGGCCAUAAAGGACACGAUCAUCACGAUCAUAAAGGACACGAUCACCAUGAUCACCAUGAUCACCACGGCCAUAAAGGACACGAUCAUCACGAUCAUAAAGGACACGAUCACCAUGAUCACCAUGAUCACCACGACCAUAAAAAACACGAUCAUCACGAUCAUCACGAUCAUAAAGGACAUGAUCACCAUGAUCACCAUGAUCACCACGAUCAUAAAAAACACGAUCACCAUGAUCAUAAAGGACACGAUCAUCAUGAUCACCAUGAUCAUAAAGGACACGAUCAUCAUGAUCACCAUGAUCAUAAAGGACACGAUCACCAUGAUCAUAAAGGACACGAUCACCAUGAUCAUAAAGGACACGAUCACCACGACCAUAAAAAACACGAUCAUCACGAUCACAAGGGACAUGAUCAUCACGGCCAUAAAGGACACGAUCAUCACGACCAUAAAAAACACGACCAUAAAAAACACGAUCAUCACAACCGUAAAGGACAUGACAAACGCGAAGAUGUUGAUUUGUCUCGUCGCGACAGUAAAUACAAAGACGCUUAUACCAGGGGCAACCGUUACUACGAUGGAAGAACCAGAAAUCCAAGUACUUGGGGUACAAGCAGGGGCAGUGGCCAGUAUGGUAGUCUAUAUGGCGUUAGAACCGCUACGCGAGUACUCCCAGCUAGUGGUCAAACCACCAGUAGACCCCAGAUCAAUGAUGGACGUCUCAGGGAUAUUCAGUACACUGAUGGGCGCCUCAGAUCUGGUGGACUCGUUGACACUGGAAGUGGCCAGGUAA